UCGCGGGAGGGCUCUUGAGCGCGCAAACCGUAUCCCUUCAUUCAUCAGGCCGCUUCCUGAAGCCAUUUCUCGACGGGGGAAACGAGAGUUGGCUUACUUUUAAAUCCGUCGCAUCUGCCUAAAUGCACGUUCACGAGGAGCCAUACGUUGCAAAAGUCGACGCUUCAGACUUCAACCUUUACUUGGCUGUGAAUAUUUUUGUAACCAUUGCCGCGGAUUAGCUUGUAAGUGUCGAGACAAGAAAAGGGGCUACCCCGAGAACAAGAUGAGAAGAGGGAUCACCUCGGCUCCGGACAAAGUGAUUCUAGCGGGCGUCGGUAGCUCUCAUUUGGACAAUAAUAUCAUUUUGACCGCUCUCUCGGAUUGUUUAAACCCCAAUCAAGGCAACGCCACUUAUUUCCAAAUAAUAACCACCCCGCCGCCUUGCAACGUUACACAGACAUCAAGUGUAUGUUUAUCUGAGCCUUCGAUAGACAACAUUUACACAACUCCACAACAAGCCGCUGCGAAUGGAGCAGGACAUCGACCCGCACUAGGAAGACCGCCGGCCAAGAGGAGGCUUGCCCUCGACGAUUCAGACCACCAUUACCAGUCAGACUCCUCCAGGACGUCCAGAGGCAGAGGUGCCACAAUAACCAAUGGGACACAUUUAAAGACACCGAAAACGCCUAAGUCUCCACCAGAGAGGACGCGGUACGACACUUCCCUGGGCCUCCUAACCAAGAAGUUUGUGGAUCUGCUAGCUCAGUCUUCCGAUGGUGUUCUGGACCUAAAUCUUGCAGCAGAAACUUUGCAGGUGCAGAAAAGAAGACUGUAUGACAUCACGAAUGUACUUGAGGGAAUUCAUCUCAUCAAGAAGAAGUCAAAGAACAACAUUCAGUGGAUGGGCUGCAGCCUUUUGGAGGUUGAGGGCUCACUAAACCAAAGACAAAGACUGACAGCAGAAGUUUCUGCACUGGCUGAAGAAGAGCAGAGACUGGAGCAGCUCAUCCAGAGAUGCAGCCUGGACACAAGGCACAUAAGCGAGUCAACAAGCAAUCAAAAAUAUGCCUAUGUCACAUAUGAGGACAUCAAGCAACUGGGAAACCUUCAAGACCAGACUGUUAUUCUUGUCAAAGCGCCUACAGACACCAAGCUAGAAGUACCAGAUCCUGAUGAGAGUUUAUCCAUCCACUUGACCAGCACCAGAGGUCCUAUAGAAGUUCUCCUAUGUCCAGACGAGGAGAAUGACCACGGUAGUCCUGUUAAAAAUGGCACCACAGAUAUCAAUGGGAACUCACCGUUCCUCAAAGUCCUUCAAGAUUCAAGUAUCCCGACUAAGUCCCCCAGGACCACCCUGGCACCAGGCUCAUCUGUCACCGUCUCAGCUCUCUCGCCCAUCUCUUCCCCGUACACCAGCCUUCUCCAGCAAACGGAGGACCAGAUCCCCUCCUCCCUGGGGCCCUUCUUGAACCUGGGUCCCCCUCUCCUGGAGCAAGAUGACUACUUAUUAGGUUUGGGAGACGAUCAGGGAAUCAGCGACUUGUUCGACGCCUGUGACUUUGAUAGGAUGCCCUCACUCGGCUUGGAUGACCUCCUGUGCAGCUAGCGCCAGCUGAUCCAUGUCCUCAUUAAGUGCAUUGGAAUGAGCUGGGAGGUCUGUGACUUUAGUUUGUUUAGGCCAAUUCAAAAUACAAGAAAGUUUGGCAAAAAGGGCUUUUUUCCUCCAGUCCCAGGCAGACAAAAGGGCAUGUUUACUCCCGGUGUCACACACAGCCAUGUUUGGCUCAGACUCUGGGAUGACUCCAGUGAAGCUAAAGGGGUAGCAUGAUCGGUACUUAAGAUGUCUCAUUUGGCAUAAUACGCAUUUAAGAAGAAUAGCUGCCUUUUUUUUUUUAAAGGAUUUAUGCCAUCAUAUUGACGGGGCAGAGGGAACAGAAGACAACUCUUGGUUUGAAGGCAGGCUUGAAGUUUGCAAACUACUGCGCACAUUUCAACACAAAUAUCAAAAGUUCUUAUUAUGUAACAGAAUUUCACCUGUUUGACUGUUUGGUAGGUUAUUUUGUGUUAAGAAAAUGACAUGAAGUGAUGUUUCAGGCCAACAAUUUGGGCACAAUUAGUAACCUGAGUCUGAGUGAUUCAGCAUACUGUAGAUCUGGAGCCAUUGCACUUAUGGGUACAAUUGCAGUAGUGGAAAAGUAGUGUUUUUCAAAACACGAAAGGUUUAUGCUGAUUUUCAGUAAUACGAAAAUCUUUAAAAGUUAACAAAUUAACCAAAGGUAUUCAUAACCACUAACACCAGUCAGUCUGGUUAUCACAUUGGAUGGUCAAACUUAAAUUAAUCUUGACAAAUAACCAUGUGGAUUUAGUAGCAGUGACUUGAUCCCUUCCUCUGUCUGCUUUCUGCAAGGCAGCUUUGGUGAGUAGUCAUUUUAAGUUGAAUAAUUGACUUUUGAAUUGAUUUUUAAACCAUAGACUGAAGUAGUAAGGGUCAUUCAAAAAAAAGGCGCACUUCGCCUUCAACUAAACCAGAGGUCAGCAACCCAAAAUGUUGAAAGAGCCAUAUUUGACCAAAAAUACAAAAACAAAUCGGCUGGAGCCGCAAAAAAUUAAAAGCCAUAUUACAUACAGAUAGUGUGUCAUGAGAUAUAAACUGACUUAUGAGGACUUAAAGGAAACUAAAUGAGCUCAAAUAUACCUACAAAUGAGGCAUAAUGAUGCAAUAUACUGUAUACAUACAGCUAGCCUGAAUAGCAUGUUAGCAUUGAUUAGCUUGCAGUCAUGCAGUGACCAAAUAUGUCUGAUUAGCACUCCACAUAAGUCAAUAACAUCAACAAAAUUCACCUUUGAGCAUUCAUGCACAACGGUAAAAGUUUGGUGGACAAAAUGAGACAGAAAAAGAAGUGGCAUAAAACACGUCUUAGAAAGUCGGAGAAAGUUAUACAUUUAAAAAAACUAGGGUGAGUUCAAGGACCGCCAAAAUUAGUAGGACAAAACGGCGCUUGCCAAAUACUCGAAUCGGUGAAGCAUGUUUAAUAUAAACUGUGCUUUGUAACAAUUAAGGAGGUUUGUGUCAUGUUUGUCCUACAGAAACCAUAUUUUUAAAAAAAAGUCCCCCCCCCCCCUCAUCUUUUUCCAUUUUUCAUAUAUUUUUGAAAAAGCUCCAGAGAGCCACUAGGGCGGUGCUAAAGAGCCACAUGCGGCUCCAGAGCCCCAGCUUGCUGAGCCCUUAACUAAACAAUGUUUCACAGCCAUAAUCAUAAUGGUGAAACCAAGUAAAAUGAUUUUCUCUCGCUCCCGGUGGCUUCUUGGAUUAGUUGACCCAUCUGAUGGUAAAACCCAGUUGUCUUGUCUUGAGUCUGUAGUUUUAUUCAACUCGGGAAACCUGCAGAUGCAGGUAGUAUUGCUGCUGUUAGUAUGAGCUCUUCACUCACACAAUUGCUGUGUGCCUGUGUAAUUGUGUGUCGGAAGAUAUGGAUUGCUCAAGAUUAAAGCCUGCCAUGUUUUUUA